AUGUCAUCUUCCUCCACUCCUCCAUCUUCUCCUCCUAUGUCUCCCCGAACCAUUGUACCACCUAUGACUCCCACCAAAGCUCCUAUCACAUCGACUCAGGCCACCCGGAUACUGGGUGAGUUCCACGACUCCACGACAGAUCAGGACCCGUCCGAAUGGAAGCCGGUAAUACCCAUGGGUAUCAAUGGUUCAGCCUCGCUGGCUUCAUCGGAAGCCUGGCAGUAUCUGUCUCGAUUUCACAGCGGCUCUGCGCCCGUCCCGAUGCGCCGUCCCAGGGUCGAACACCGGAGCUCAGCCAGUUUGUUCACGCUGUUGGGUAGUACGGGUGCCCCUCCAUCGCUGACACAUUCCCCGUCUACUGCGGCGUCUUCUUUCAGCAGCAAUGCUUCUGAGAGCUACCUGAAUGAGCCGGCCCAUCGUCCGUUGCCUCCCCGCCACAAAUCCAACUUGUCGGGUAGUGCUAAUGGCACGAAGGGUGUUGAGCUAGUUGUCCCUCACAUGGAGGUUCGGGUGGGGGACUCUACUGUCGACAUGAACAGGGGAUCCAUUUUUCCAGCAAGCAGUGGGCUUUGGGGGGAUCACAAUGACAAGUGGCCCGCAACCGUCAGGAUUUCGGGUACCGUGCCCCUCCAUACACCUGUGCGCCCGCAGUAA